GAACAAAAGAUCAAUUUUUGCAAGGACGGAAAAAAGCCCUCUCUCUCUCUCUCUCUCUCUCUUCUCCAAUCGCGUCCCUCCCUUCUGCCAAUUUUCUUGACGCUUCGUCCGUGUCGGAGUAAUCCCUCGAACGUUAAAGCUUCUUCCGCUGUAAAGCUGCAGACGUCCUCCCGAUCGGCUCGGAAUCGGGACUACGCUACGAUUUCUUUUGCUCUCGUUCACCGAUCGUCCCGUAGGAGAAUCGUUUUUGGUGCCUGAGAUGAACCCUCGGGGUAGAUAUCCUCCCCCCGGAAUGGGCAACGGCCGAGGGGGUAGCGCGAGCACAAACCCUGGUUUCUAUUCGAGGAACUCUCACCACCAACACCACCACCAGCAACAGCAACAGCAGUAUGUGCAGCGAAAUCCGGUGCAAGUCCAGCCGAACCAGCACUUCCAGCAGCAACAAUGGUCGAGAAGGAAUCAGUUAGGAGGCGAUUCUGGCUCUGGCGAAGUAGUGAAAUCAGUUCAACCUGAGACCUCUGACACCAGUUUACAGGAUUGGAAAGCACAGUUGAAGAUGCCACCUCCUGAUACACGCUACAAGACAGAGGAUGUGACUGCAACAAAAGGAAAUGAAUUUGAAGACUAUUUUCUAAAGCGGGAACUUCUUAUGGGGAUAUAUGAGAAGGGUUUUGAAAAGCCUUCACCUAUUCAAGAAGAAAGCAUUCCUAUAGCACUCACUGGCAGUGACAUUCUUGCCAGAGCCAAAAAUGGGACUGGGAAGACAGCUGCAUUUUGUAUUCCUGCACUUGAAAAAAUUGACCAAGAUCACAAUGCCAUUCAAGUUGUCAUAUUGGUUCCUACAAGAGAGUUAGCACUUCAGACAUCACAAGUUUGUAAGGAACUAGGAAAACAUUUGAAGAUUCAGGUUAUGGUAACCACUGGAGGAACCAGCUUGAAGGAUGAUAUUAUGCGUUUAUAUCAACCUGUCCACUUGCUUGCUGGAACACCUGGUCGAAUACUUGAUCUUGCAAAGAAAGGUGUUUGUGUUUUGAAGGAUUGUUCGAUGCUUGUUAUGGAUGAGGCUGACAAGCUUCUCUCUCCUGAGUUUCAACCAUCGAUAGAACAGCUUAUUCAGUUUCUUCCUGCCAAUAGGCAGAUUUUAAUGUUUUCGGCUACAUUCCCUGUAACGGUGAAGGAUUUUAAAGACAGAUACCUUCCAAAACCAUAUAUCAUCAAUCUAAUGGAUGAACUCACACUGAAGGGAAUAACACAAUACUAUGCUUUUGUUGAGGAAAGGCAGAAGGUUCACUGCCUUAAUACACUGUUCUCAAAGCUUCAAAUUAACCAAUCCAUUAUUUUCUGUAACUCGGUUAACCGGGUGGAGCUAUUAGCAAAGAAAAUCACUGAGCUUGGUUAUUCUUGCUUUUACAUCCAUGCUAAAAUGUUGCAAGAUCACAGGAAUCGUGUCUUCCAUGACUUCCGCAAUGGUGCAUGCAGGAAUCUUGUUUGUACAGAUCUGUUUACAAGGGGAAUCGAUAUUCAAGCUGUUAAUGUUGUCAUCAAUUUUGAUUUUCCAAAGAAUUCUGAGACAUAUCUGCACAGGGUUGGUCGUUCAGGCAGAUUUGGUCACCUUGGUUUAGCUGUCAAUCUUAUCACCUAUGAGGAUCGCUUUAACUUGUAUAGGAUUGAGCAAGAACUUGGCACAGAAAUAAAACAGAUUCCUCCGCAGAUUGAUCAGACUAUAUACUGCAGGUGAUCUGUAACAGUUACUGGUCUUACCUUUUCAUGGUGAAUGACAAGAAGACAUCCUGUAAAUCAAGACUUGUUGUCACCACGUCGAUGGUGUCUGAAUGGAUGCUAGAAUCACCUCGUAUUUUGUAGACUUAUAUGCUGAUGCCCAAUCGGUAACCUCAAAGCAUGUUAUUGACUUGGCAAGUUGUCAUGUAGGGUAUUAGAUUCUCCUCGCACCAAGGUCCCAGGUGGAGGAAGGCUUUGAAUUGUUUGUACUUUUGAUUCUUUUUUCGUCAACCAAGUACAGGUAAGGAGCUAUUUGUUGCUUUAUGUUGCCUAUCAAAUGCAUGCAGUUGGUGGAGAUUGCAAAGUAGGAUUCUUGUGCCAAGUUUUCACUUGAAUCCAGAACCUAAACCAUUACGCUGCUCAGCAUUUUAUUGGGUCUAUGCCAUACGCACUCAUUACUCCCUGCUCAUGUUUAUGAUUUGUAUUCUUAGGCUGUAUACUAUGUUUGCUAAAUAUUGAUAUUGGUGAUAAGUCGGUUGCAGCUGAUGAUUGGUAUUA